CGGGAUCAGACGCGCAGAGGAGGCGGGGCCGCGGCUGGUUUCCUGCCGGGGGGCGGCUCUGGGCCGCCGAGUCCCCUCCUCCCGCCCCUGAGGAGGAGGAGCCGCCGCCACCCGCCGCGCCCGAGACUCGGGAGGCCCCGCCAGCCCGCAGGAGAGGCCGAGCGGGAGUCGCGGAACAGCAGGCCGGAGCCCACCGCGCCGGGGCCCGGACGCCGCGCGGAGAAGAUGAAUUUACAACUGAUUUUCUGGAUUGGACUGAUCAGUUCAAUUUGCUGUGUGUUUGGUCAAACAGAUGAAAAUAGAUGUUUAAAAGCAAAUGCCAAAUCAUGUGGAGAAUGUAUACAAGCAGGGCCAAAUUGUGGGUGGUGCACAAAUUCAACAUUUUUACAGGAAGGAAUGCCCACUUCUGCACGAUGUGAUGAUUUAGAAGCCUUAAAAAAGAAGGGUUGCCCUCCAGAUGACAUAGAAAAUCCCAGAGGCUCCAAAGAUAUAAAGAAAAAUAAAAAUGUAACCAACCGUAGCAAAGGAACAGCAGAGAAGCUCAAGCCAGAGGAUAUUACUCAGAUCCAACCACAGCAGUUGGUUUUGCGAUUAAGAUCAGGGGAGCCACAGACAUUUACAUUAAAAUUCAAGAGAGCUGAAGACUAUCCUAUUGACCUCUACUACCUUAUGGACCUGUCUUACUCAAUGAAAGACGAUUUGGAGAAUGUAAAAAGUCUUGGAACAGAUCUGAUGAAUGAAAUGAGGAGGAUUACGUCUGACUUCAGAAUUGGAUUUGGUUCAUUUGUGGAAAAGACUGUGAUGCCUUACAUUAGCACAACACCAGCUAAGCUCAGGAACCCUUGCACAAGUGAACAGAACUGCACCAGCCCAUUUAGCUACAAAAAUGUGCUCAGUCUUACUAAUAAAGGAGAAGUAUUUAAUGAACUUGUUGGAAAACAGCGCAUAUCUGGAAAUUUGGAUUCUCCAGAAGGUGGUUUUGAUGCCAUCAUGCAAGUUGCAGUUUGUGGAUCACUGAUUGGCUGGAGGAAUGUUACACGGCUGCUGGUGUUUUCCACAGAUGCCGGGUUUCACUUUGCUGGAGAUGGGAAACUUGGUGGCAUUGUUUUACCAAAUGAUGGACAGUGUCACCUGGAAAAUAAUAUGUACACAAUGAGUCAUUAUUAUGAUUAUCCUUCUAUUGCUCACCUUGUCCAGAAACUGAGUGAAAAUAAUAUUCAGACAAUUUUUGCAGUUACUGAAGAAUUUCAGCCCGUUUACAAGGAACUGAAAAACUUGAUCCCUAAGUCAGCAGUAGGAACAUUAUCUGCAAAUUCUAGUAAUGUAAUUCAGUUGAUCAUUGAUGCAUACAAUUCCCUUUCCUCAGAAGUCAUUUUGGAAAACGGCAAAUUGUCAGAAGGAGUAACAAUAAGUUACAAAUCUUACUGCAAGAACGGGGUGAAUGGAACAGGGGAAAAUGGAAGAAAAUGUUCCAAUAUUUCCAUUGGAGAUGAGGUUCAAUUUGAAAUUAGCAUAACUUCAAAUAAGUGUCCAAAAAAGGAUUCUGACAGCUUUAAAAUUAGGCCUCUGGGCUUCACGGAGGAAGUAGAGGUUAUUCUUCAGUACAUCUGUGAAUGUGAAUGCCAAAGCGAAGGCAUCCCUGAAAGUCCCAAGUGUCAUGAAGGAAAUGGGACGUUUGAGUGUGGCGCGUGCAGGUGCAACGAAGGGCGUGUUGGUAGACAUUGUGAAUGCAGCACAGAUGAAGUUAACAGUGAAGACAUGGACGCUUACUGCAGAAAAGAAAACAGUUCAGAAAUCUGCAGUAACAAUGGAGAGUGCGUUUGUGGACAGUGUGUUUGUAGGAAGAGGGAUAAUACAAAUGAAAUUUAUUCUGGCAAAUUCUGCGAGUGUGAUAAUUUCAACUGUGAUAGAUCCAAUGGCUUAAUUUGUGGAGGAAAUGGUGUUUGCAAGUGUCGUGUGUGUGAGUGCAACCCCAACUACACUGGCAGUGCAUGUGACUGUUCUUUGGAUACUAGUACUUGCGAAGCCAGCAACGGACAGAUCUGUAAUGGCCGGGGCAUCUGCGAAUGUGGUGUCUGUAAGUGUACAGAUCCGAAGUUCCAAGGGCAAACAUGUGAGAUGUGUCAGACCUGCCUUGGUGUCUGUGCUGAGCAUAAAGAAUGUGUUCAGUGCAGAGCCUUCAAUAAAGGAGAAAAGAAAGACACAUGCACACAGGAAUGUUCCUAUUUUAACAUUACCAAGGUAGAAAGUCGGGACAAAUUACCCCAGCCAGUCCAACCUGAUCCUGUGUCCCAUUGUAAGGAGAAGGAUGUUGACGACUGUUGGUUCUAUUUUACAUAUUCAGUGAAUGGGAACAAUGAGGUCAUGGUUCAUGUUGUGGAGAAUCCAGAGUGUCCCACUGGUCCAGACAUCAUUCCAAUUGUAGCUGGUGUGGUUGCUGGAAUUGUUCUUAUUGGCCUUGCAUUACUGCUGAUAUGGAAGCUUUUAAUGAUAAUUCAUGACAGAAGGGAGUUUGCUAAAUUUGAAAAGGAGAAAAUGAAUGCCAAAUGGGACACACAAGAAAAUCCGAUUUACAAGAGUCCUAUUAAUAAUUUCAAGAAUCCAAACUACGGACGUAAAGCUGGUCUCUAAAUUGCCGGUGAAAAUCCUAUUUAUAAGAGUGCCGUGACAACUGUGGUCAAUCCGAAGUAUGAGGGAAAAUGAGUACCGCCUGUGCAAAUCCCACAACACUGAAUGCAAAGUAGCAAUUUCCAUAGUCACAGUUAGGUAGCUUUAGGGCAAUAUUGCCAUGGUUUGGCUCAUGUGCAGGUUUUGAAAAUGUACAAUAUGUAUAAUUUUUAAAAUGUUUUAUUAUUUUGAAAAUAAUGUAAUUCAUGCCAGGGACUGACAAAAGACUUGAGACAGGAUGGUUAUUCUUGUCAGCUAAGGUCACAUUGUGCCUUUUUGACCUUUUCUUCCUGGACUAUUGAAAUCAAGCUUAUUGGAUUAAGUGAUAUUUCUACAGUGAUUGAAAGGGCAAUAGUUAAUGAGCAUGAUGAGAGUUUCUGUUAAUCAUGUAUUAAAACUGAUUUUUAGCUUUACAAAUAUGUCAGUUUGCAGUUACGCAGAAUCCAAAGUAAAUGUCUUGCUAGCUAGUUAAGGAUUGUUUUAAAUCUGUUAUUUUGCUAUUUGCCUGUUAGACAUGACUGAUGACAUAUCUGAAAGACAAGUACAUUUAGAGUUGCUGGUGUAAAAUAGGGUUGAAAUAGUUGAUCUCCACAGGCCAUGGGAAAAAUUCAGAGAGUUAGGAAGGAAGAACCAAUAGCUUUAAAACCUGUGUGCCAUUUUAAGAGUUACUUAAUGUUUGGUAACUUUUAUGCCUUCACUUUACAAAUUCAAGCCUUAGGUAUAAGAACCGAGCAAUUUUCUGCUAAAAAGUCCUUGAUUUAGCACUAUUUACAUAAAGGCCAUACUUUGCAAAGUAUUUGCUGAAUGGGGACCUUUCAAGUUGAAUUUAUUUUAUUUUAUUAUUUUUAUUUUGUUUAAUGUCUGGUGCUUUUUAUCACCUCUUCUAAUCUUUUAAUGUAUUUGUUUGCAAUUUUGGGUAAGACUUUUUUUAUGAGUACUUUUUCUUUGAAGUUUUAGCGGUCAGUUUGCCUUUUUAAUGAACAUGUGAAGUUGUACCGUGGCUAUGCAACAGCUCUCACCUAUGCGAGUCUUACUUCGAAUUAGUGCCAUAGCAGACCACUGUAUGUUUACUUCUCACCAUUUGAGUUGCCCAUCUUGUUUCAUACUAGUCACAUUCUUGUUUUAAGUGCCUUUAGUUUUAACAGUUCACUUUUUACAGUGCUAUUUACUGAAGUUAUUUAUUAAAUAUGCCUAAAAUACUUAAAUCGGA